AUGAAGACCGCAGCCGGAAGCGGCGCUUUCCGAUCGCUGACGCCAUCUGCGCCGUCUUUCUUCACUUACCUUAAGCCGGGAGCCCUCGCCCAACUCCGGUACUCGAAGAUGACCGCCAGAUCUAAGGAGAUCGGAGCCCAGACUCUGCUUGCCCUGCUUCAGCUUGAAUUGAGUUCGAAUUCAGCUUUUCCGCAGCCGCAUUCGGAUGGGUUGGCCAUGGAUGGGGUCCCGUGUUUCAACGUCAGGGUCAAGAGUUAUCCUAGGUGCAUCCAGCGCAAGAAGCUUGUGGCCUUGACGCCCUUUUUCUCCGAGACUCAGACUUGA